AUGCGAGCAAUAAUUCAACGUGUGAAGCAAGCAAGUGUGACAGGUAUGAGGAAACCGCGUAUAUUGAAUUUUUAGAAUUAAUAUGUACCGUCGGUGGCUUCUGACGAUGAACAGUUACAAAUAUUAAAAAACUGCAUAUUCUCACGUGAUUAUUUUAGUUGAUGGUGAAUUAAUUAGCUCAAUCAAGGAAGGAUUGUGUGUUCUUGUUGGGAUUGGCCGAGAUGAUACAAAGAAAGACAUAGAUUAUUUGUUAGUAUUAUUAAAAAUUGGACAAUCAUGUUAUUGUCCUCCUGACUGGAAAGUUUGGAAAUUGUGCGGGGGAGAUUUCGAAAAUUUAAUAGUAAAUAUAUAUAGAAUGCAUCAAAGUUGUGCGGGGAUAUCCCCCGCACAAUACAAACUUUCCACACUGGAUUGUCCAUAUUUUGUUUUUGGAAUUGCUUUUCCAAGGCUUAGUAAGGAUGUGCACCCCUGUAUUCCCCAUCCCUCUCGUAUUUGGUGUAAAUUGUGCUCCCAAGUUUUGGAGUACAAGUCUUACCGCUUAAAUCUACUUAGAGCCAAUAAAAUUCUCAAGUUGAGGUUAUUUGAAGAGGAUGGUAAACGAUGGCGGAAGAGUGUUAUGGAUCUAAAUUAUGAAGUUAUGUGUGUUAGUCAGGUGAAUAACUUCUAACUUUGAUCUUUUAGACUCACAUAGGAUAACCAGUCUCACUGUUUGUGUCCUGUGUUGAUCCAUUAACUGGUUCAUUGAGAGUCAGUUACACAGAGUAGCAUAUAACAAUUAUGAUUAUGUUAUUUUAGUUCACAUUAAUGUGUGUGUUAAAAGGAAACAAGCCUGAUUUCCACAAGGCCAUGGAUGGUGAAAAAUCACAACAGUUUUAUGAAGAAUUUUUGGCAGAAAUGAGGAAAAGAUAUCAAACAGAGAAAAUUAAAGGUUACUGAACUGAAUCCUUUCCCCAUCUUUUAUGUAUACAAGUAGACAAACAAACAAACAGAUAAACAAACAGACAGAUAAACAGAGUAGACAGACAAACAGACAGAUAAACUGACAGACAAACAAACAGAUAGACAAACAAACAAACAAACACAGACAGACAAACAGAAAAAACAAACAGAUAGACAAAUGAAUAGACAAACAAACAAACAGAAAAACAAACAAACAAACACAAACAAACAAACAAACAAACAAACACAAACAAACAAACAGAUAAACAGGUACAGAUAAACGGAGUAGACAGACAGAUAAACUGACAGACAAACAAACAAACAGACAGACAGAUAAACAGACAGACAAACAAACUGACAGACAAACAAACAAACAAACAGAUAGACAAACAAACAAACAAACAAACAAACAAACAAACAAACAAACAAACAAACAAACAAACAAACAAACAAACAAACAAACAGAAAAACAAACAGAUAGACAAAUGAAUAGACAAACAAACAAACAAACAAACAAACAAACAAACAAACAAACAAACAAACAAACAAACAAACAAACAAACAAACAGAAAAACAAACAAACAAACAAACAAAAGACAAGAAUUAAUCAUGAAUACAAAUAUACAAUUUGGAUACAUUCAAAUCCUUUUUAUUAAAAACUUUAUUCAAUUUCUGUAAAGACUGCAUUAAACCAUGUUUCAGAUGGGAAAUUUGCAGCCUACAUGCAAGUGGAAAUACAAAAUGAUGGUCCAGUUACGAUCCAGAUUGAUUCAUGUGCAGCCAAGAAUGAGGUAUUGCAUCCUGCCAUGAGUCCAUGACAGGCUACCGUACCCAUGCCAUGGAACUCGAUAGUUCUAAGACUAAGGCGCAAGCUAAAGAUUGAUAAAGAGUAAAGAUCAAACAAUAUUUUAAUCCCUGGUUCUAAACUUUAAGUAAUGUUCACAUUUCUUACAGACCAAAGGAGAGUCAUCUACAAAUCAAGAGACUGAUGAAAAUUAG